UCGAGUAAAACUUUCUUUCUUAUGAAUAUCAAAACAACCAUCUUAAAUGUUUAUGGAGCCAUGGUUAAAAGAAAGUUGAAACUUUAGAGCAGUCUUGGACUUCCAAUUAGAGCUCAACAAAAAGGCUGCUUUUACAUUUGGAAGUCUGGUAAAUAUCCCAGGCAGAAUCUGCUGAUGUGGCAGCCACAGGUUUUGAAGUUCACACACUUAUAAAACCUGCAACAAAAUUUAGGAGCAAAAAAGAAAAAGACCUUCAAUUCAAAUUGUAGCUCAUUCAUGGCCUCUGCCGUGGAACAGUCUUCUUAUAGUUCACGACGACAUGAUGAACCAGAGUUUAACUUGAGAGAGUGGGGUCUCAAGGCUCGAAUUAGCCGCGAAAACACUACUUCAAGAAGAUAUUCAGCAUCGUAUAUCAGAAGUUUUAGAGAAGAUGCGAGGUCUUUUAGAUCAAACAUAACCAUUUCUAGCACUGCCUCCUCUCCAGGCUAUUCCUUAAAAGAUGAGAUUGACCCUUCAACAUACUCAUUCACUACUGCUCUCAAAGCAUUGCAGGCAAGGACGGUGUGUAGUGGUUGGGAAUGCCUGUCACCAGACGGGUUUGCCUUAAACUCCAAGUGGAAUGAAGCAGAGAAAUACAUUUGCAACCCACUUUCCGGAGAGGUUCCGAUGGAAUGUUUGUCUGCAAAAACACUCAGUGGAAGGUCAUUUCGCAACUUAACAAACAGAAUUACCAUGUCUGCUCCUCUCGUUUACUCCCAUUCGUGCCAUAUCCAAACAAAUCCUUCCAGGACAGUGCCGGAAGACGUAGCUCAGUUCCCAACACCAGUUUUAGUGCAUCUGAUUGCAGAGAAGAAAGCAGAGAGCAUGACUAGAGAUGUGGGAACUCAAAGUACACCACCUGAUCUUAGUUCUGGUAGUCUUAGCCCAGCUUCAACCCCUUCAAUAUUAGAGAGAGCAUUAAAGCGGUGCGGGACAGAAAAUGGAGAUUCCCCUAACACGAACACAAAGCCAAGGGCUGAGGAACAGGUUGAAGUGAAAGAAACAGGAGAGAGAGAAGAAACAAUAAUUGAUAAAGCAGAGAGGAGAAGAAAAGAUGAGCUUAUGUGCAGGUGUAGCAGGCAACCUGGAUGCUUAUCAUGGAUGAGGAGAAGGCAGAGAGAGAAGCACAAAUCAAGAAAGAGAAGUAUCUUUUUUCCUCAUUUUAAAGGGUGCUAAAGAUGGUUAAAAAAGAAAAGGUAUUGGUGGGCUUAUUGAGAUUCCCUAUCUCUCAAUCAAAAGGGAUUUUCUUCUGUUGCUUGAAGGACAGAUUGCAUCUGAAGGUGAAAAUGAGAGCAGUCAUGAUUAAACGGAGGUGAAAGACUGUCUUAUGGUAGUUUGUUUUCCUUGGAAUUUUGUAGUUAGUGAUGUUAUGUUUUGUUUCUUGUUGUUAUAUGCUGAAAGUGGCUGACAGCUCUGUGUUCACGUGCAUGCUUUUGUUUGUGGCCUUGGAAUGGAAACGUUCUUCCCUAAGAGCUCAGAAGCAGACAAUCAUGCACAACUUACCUGUCCAAUUUAGACACUCCACCAAUUCUAAUUGUAAGCACACCAAUAAUGUGCUGAAUACAUACAAUGAACGAUAUUUAGUCAUUAAUUCAUCUGACAAAAAGAAAAGAAUAUUCAAUUAUUCAA